UUUUUUUGGUACAAAGACUUUGAAGUCCAGUGCGUAACCCGUGCAAGCAGUCUGGCUCAGUUUCACUUCUUGCAUAUCCUCAGGGGCCUCAAGGUUCUAAAUAUUCUGUUAGAGGCCUUGACCUUAAACUAAGUUUAGCCCACCCUUGUUUGUGGAGAUCCAGUACUUAAGGCUGGAGCUGUUCUGAACAUGGGCAGCUUGUUGGAGCAGAACCCACCUCCUUCCCAUGUGAGCUGAGCUGUAACCCUGUCUGAGCCCUUGCUGGGUUGACUGCCUCUUAUUGUUAUAGGAAAGCAUAGAAAAAUCACGACAGCUGUUGUUUACUACUGAGGAUGCACCCAAACACUACCUGGAUAACCAAAGGGUUAAAGACGCAUGGAAUAAGAGUCUUUCAACUGUGCACCCUGACAGCAGCAAGUUGAUCCCCCAUCUAUUCCGACCUGCAGCUUUCCUGCCUGUGACAGCACCCAUGGUACUUCUGAUGAUGAUGCCAGACACUGGAAUAAAGUCCAUCAUUUUAACUCAGGGUUGCUUAUAUGGAUAUACCACAGCCUUUAACAUCACCAAUGGAAAUGCCAGUUAUAGUCAUGGACCAGUAGAGAGAACAUUGUUGGGAGCAGGGGUGUUUGCGUCUUCAACUUUCUUUGGAUCAAUUCCCCAUCUCUUUCAAAUGAAGUAUCCCCUGAAUAACCUUUGGCUUAAAAGAUUCUUGCCAAUCAUCUUUCUUGCCCAAAUCAGCGGAAUGAAUGUUUUUGCAUCCCGAAGUUUUGAAAACCAUCGAGGAAUUGAGGUGAUGGAUAAGGAAGGCCAUGUCAUAGGCUAUUCCAGAAAAGCUGGGAGAAAGGCUAUUAAAGAAACAGCGAAGUCCAGAGCAGUGCUGUUUGGGACCUCAGCCUUGGCCCCUGAACUCUUUAUCCACAUUUUUAAAAGGACGCGGUUUUACCCACAGACUCUGCUGUCAUCAGUGAUCUUGAGAAUGGGUUCUACAUUCUUUAUGAUGGGCCUGAUGGUGCCAGUGUCGUUCAGCAUGUUUCCACAAAUUGGACAGAUCCAGUGCAGUCAGCUUGAAGAGACGAUUCGGUCUUCUACAGAAGAAAAGGAACUCUUCUAUUACAGAGGGGUAUAGGAGCAAGUUUAUCUCCUGUUUGGAAACCUUUGGCCCCUCCAGGUUUAUUUAGAGAGCACUGCCAUGGUCCUCAGGGUUCCCAGCAACACUUGUGCAGCAAGCUGGCUUCAGUGCCCACUGUACCUGGGGCUCUGAGUCUGACGGAAAGAAGAGCAGCACCCAGAGGACUGCUGAGAGAACCGUGGAUGAAGUAAGAGUCAGCCCAGGAAAGGAUAAUGUGAACCUGUGAAUAAACCUGCCUGAUGUGGAGUACUUGAAAAAAA